UAACAAACGUUUGCCCCGCAUUCAUGCUCGGUCUAGCCCCAAUAUCCUACAAACGUCCGUUCCCUUCAUGAUUCUCAUCGGUUCUGCGACCUGCCUAAAGGAGCAUCAAAGCCGUUGACGAUCCAAUCAGGCAUUCCCCAUUUGCCUCCUCUUCCUUGCGUAGUGGACUCGUCUGGAGCCUUUGUCAGGAGACUGUCGUGGCACAACAUCGUCAUCGUUCUCAUUCUCUCUCAAGUCUUGAUUCUCUUGGCCCCCUGAACUCCUCAUCACCUUUCCAGCAACCCAACAUACAGACUUUGCCUCCACCACCAUCGACUCGUUGAACUCUGAAGCUCCCGUACCUGAAAAAACCUCACUCAAGUCUACGUUGCUUACUCUCACUCUCCAAACACCCCUAGUCAAAAACGAGUCAUCAUACAUGAACCCUCAUCACCGUAGCCGAGGGCCUCUUUCAUUCCCGGCCGCCCUAGCAAUCGGCGCCGUCAUCGUACUCACAUUCUACUUUUAUUCGCCACUGCAAUCCUUCGCAAUGACUUCUGACUCCUCCUCAUCCUUCCUCAACAACCUCGAGGUGAGCCUGUCUCAGUCCGGCACCUCGCCUCCGAAAGUCUCGGUGUCCGUCAAGAACACACACCCGGACACGGCCGUGACGCUCCUGAAAUGGAACUCCCCGCUUGACCCCGCCGUUCUCGGCCUGGGCCAGGUGUCCAUCCAGCCGGCCGGGGCCUCCGAGCCGAUCGAGACCCACGCCAUCAUGAUCAACCGCAAGAUGCCGCCCGGCGCCGAGUCGCUCAUUACAUUGCGGCCCGGUGAGAGCGCGGAUCAAAUUGUUGAGCUUCGCGAGCCAAGGGUGCCGGGAGAUGUGUGGGAGUCAGGCAAGGCCAAGGUAGCGAUGAAGGGAAGGUGGAUGGCUGUCUGGCCUGGUCUGACUACGGAGGAAGUGUUGCAGAGUCCCGAGAAGUUGACGUCUGUCGGUGCUGGCGCAGGGUCUUUGAUAGGAGAGUGGGAGACGGAGACUAUUGAGGUUGGAAACUGAGCACUCAGUUUGCUUU